ACAACCCCUAUUACAACUACUACGACACGUACGACAGGCCCCGGCCCGGGGGCAGGUACCGCCCGGGGUACGGCACCGGCUACUUCCAGUACGGUCUCCCGGACCUUGUGCCCGACCCCUACUACAUCCAGGCAUCCACGUACGUGCAGAAGAUGGCUAUGUACAACCUGAGAUGCGCCGCCGAGGAAAACUGUCUGGCCAGUUCAGCAUACAGAGCAGAUGUCAGAGAUUAUGAUUACAGGGUGCUAUUAAGAUUCCCCCAAAGAGUGAAAAACCAAGGAACAUCUGAUUUCUUACCAAGCCGUCCAAGAUAUUCCUGGGAAUGGCACAGUUGUCACCAACAUUACCACAGCAUGGAUGAAUUCAGUCACUACGACCUGCUGGAUGCCAACACUCAGAGCAGAGUGGCUGAAGGUCACAAAGCAAGUUUCUGUCUUGAGGACACAUCUUGUGACUAUGGCUAUUACAGGCGAUUUGCAUGUACUGCACACACACAGGGUUUGAGUCCUGGCUGUUAUGACACCUACGCAGCAGACAUUGAUUGCCAGUGGAUUGAUAUUACAGAUGUACAACCUGGAAACUACAUUCUCAAGGUCAGUGUCAACCCCAGCUAUCUGGUGCCUGAAUCAGACUACAGCAACAACGUCGUGCGCUGCGACAUUCGGUACACAGGGCAUCAUGCUUAUGCCUCCGGCUGCACGAUCUCACCGUAUUGAAAGCAAGUCCAGCUUCCAAUGGAGAAAUCAGUGCCUGGUGUUCAGAAGUGAGAAAAAAACAGAUUAGCUUCAGUAGGAUUAACAUACUUUGAAAAAGAGAACAGAAAACAAAAAAAGUUUUUUGUUUGGACUAUUUUAUGAUAAAUAACUGGAUUUUGAACAAUUAAAUCAGCACUAUUUUGGAAGUUUUUAGUAUUUAUUCACAUGACUUUGUGAAUUAACACAGUAUUUCAAUUCUGUAAUUACAUACUUGGCUCUUUCAAAGAAAUCCCAACUUCGUAUACUUCUUUUGAAAUUAUAGUAUAAAAGAGAAAAUAGUAUUUUAAUGAAUGAGCCAAAAUUACUUUGAACUCAUUAUUUUCUAAAGUGUUGAGACUUCUGUGAAACAUAAUAAUGGGAUUAUAUGUGUCUUAGGAUAAAUUAAUUUAUAAAUGAUGUUCCUGCUGUUUAAAUAGAUAAUGGACACAUUUGGUGCUGUGGAAAGAUCAGACAUAAUAUUGGUGUCAAGAAAUAUUAUUUAGCAAAGAAAUGGCAAUAUAUGUAUUCAGAUAGUCAUAUCCCUAUAUAAAAAUUAUGUUUACAUUUUCUAAAUUAGUAGAUACUUUCUAUCUUUUCGCUUGAGAUGACUUGUUUGGAAGGAAUUAUGUAAUUAAGCUGUCUAAUUCCCACUUGAUAUUUGUUGAUGCUCCUCUGUACUCUUAUUUUUUCUAUGAGCAGAGACAUUUCAAGUGACACUCUUAAAAUUCUCAUUCCGGGAACCAGUAUACAUAGGACAACUUUGUAACUGCAAAGUGUUCCUGGGGAUGUGAUACAUCCAGAAAUAAUAUUCAUGUAGUCAUAUUGAAGUGUUAGCCAAAAAUAAAAUUUCCUUGAAGACAUAAAAAUCAUACAGAAAAAACACACCAAAGCCACACUGUCUCUCAGAUACUUAAAAGACAAUGAACAACAUGUUAAGGUCUUCAACUCUCCUAUAUUUUUUAACAGUUCAGCUAUUAAAAAGAAGGAUGCUAAGAAUUCUUAAUUAUCCACAGUAGAUGACAGUAGUAUGUGUAGAAUACAGGAACAUCAUUCCAGGAUAUUCAGGAACUGGUCAUACAUGUUUUUGUGUGUGCCUGUGUGUCUGAUGUAUAGUCUAAAUUAGCAAGGUACAUACUAGCGAGUGUUGCGUACAGGAGGGGUUGAUGAAUAAGAGAAGAAAGUACUUUCUGUAAAACCAAGGACUGCACUCCACACUGAGACAGCUGUGAUUUUGUUUUAAACUGUGAAACUCUGUGCAACAACAGAAUUUGGAGAAUCUUUUUCUUAAAUUCAAAGAUGCAGAAAGAAAUCAAAUUAGACUCUUAAUUUAGUGGUGCUUAAGCAGAGGUUUUCCUACAUUUAAUUAUUAAAAUCUCAAGCAAGAUAUUUGCAGUGCCAGAACACAUUAGGUAAAAUUUUAAAAGUGAGUUGGCAUCCUGUCUUCUAUGUCAGAGAUUUGUAAAGUCAACACUGUUUACUAAUGAUAAUUUUGCACUUACUGGGUGCACAGCAUGAUAAAAGGACAAGAGAUGGUCAAGGGAUAGUCAUCAAAGGAUGGAUGGAAUGGUACACAUGGGCCUUCUCUGCCUGCAUACACUUAGUAAUAAAUACAGAUGGAACGUUCAUUGAGCUAGUAUCUGAGCUAUGUGAUACCUUCUUUGCCUUAAACUGCUUUUUAAAGAUUGUAGAAUGACUUUCAAAUUGCAUCCUUUUCUAAUAGAGAUAUUUUAGUAUACUUGCUUAAAACAAAACAAAACAAAAAAAAACUACUGUGUCAGUAUUAAUACUGAGCCAGACUGGCAUCUACAGAUUUAGUGUCUAUUGUCUCAUAAAAAUGUUUACCCCUGCAUCAAAACCUAGCCAGUAUCAAGGCCUUUGGAUACGUAAGAAAAAAUGCCUCUAUAGAAAUCUCAACAAGGUCUUUUAUCUGUCUAUCCAUUCAUCAUCAUUUGAAAACUUAAUAUAAGCCAGGCACUCACGUGCUAGGCACUGGGACACAGAAUAUUGUCUCCAGUCUCAAUAAGUCUAACAAAUGUCAUUAUUACACAUUAGGUUCAUCUGAUUUUUGUCAACUAAAAGUACAUGUCCAUAUUUAUAAAAAUAAAAGUUAAUAAUUAUAUGCACAUAGGUAUUUCUAAUA